AUGGGGGAGCAGGGGCUCUGCAAAGCCACAGCCGACAUCUACGAGCGGCUGGCGGCGGAGCUGGAGCCGCUGGGCUGCGACUGCGAGUGCCUGGGCGGCGGCAGGAUCCGCCACGAGCGCGGCGCCAGGAGGAUCCACGUGUACGGCUACUCCAUGGGCUUUGGGCGAGCAAAGCACUCCGUGACUACAGAGAAGCUGAAAGCCAAGUAUCCAGACUAUGAGAUCACUUGGGCAGACGAAGGCUACUAGCUCGGUGAGACAAGGUGGCCGCCUCAUACCAGCCUGGAGCUGGCCUGGCUGCCUUCUCCAGCUCAGCCUUCGGGGAGAUAGCAGCAGGGUUCCCAGCAGCUAAUGGGCACUGCUGGUUUUCUCUGUGUUGAACUCCCUGCUCUGAGAACCUUGAAUUCUCCUAAGGCAUCUGCAYAUCUCUAUUUUCACUGGACUUCCUCGGUGCCACAGGCUCUGCCUGUCCCCCUGUCGCACGCAGCAAAGCCUGAGGGUGAAUCCCACAGCUUGGUGAGGCUGAUGGGGGCUCUGCCUUAGCCUUGCUUGUGGCAAAGGCUUGUCCUGCAUGCAUGGUGACCA